AUGGACAAAACUCUAGUCAUUUUGAAGACGGGCGCUACAGAAGCCCUGGACAAUGUUCCUGUGCAUUUCAAGACUACACUCCAAUGCGUACCGCACUACGCUGUCUUCUCAGACUACGAAGAAGAGAUCUACGGCGUACAUGGUCAAGAUGUUCUACGCAGUGUUAGCGAAGAUACGAAACAAACGAACCCAGACUUUGGAAUCUACAAUCGGCUACGUGCUUCUGGGCGUGAUGGUCUCAUUGCAGAUGACCGACUGGACGAUCAAAACGGACCUCUUGGGAAACCUGGCAAUCCUGGGUGGAAACUGGACAAGUGGAAGUUCGUGCCCAUGAUUGACGAAGCACUGCUCGUGCACCCGGAGGCUCAUUGGUAUGUAUUUCUCGAAGCGGAUACGUACAUAGUCUGGCGAAACAUGGCCCGUUGGCUGUCCCGAUUCAAUCAUGAGAGGGCUUAUUAUUUGGGUGCCCCUAUGCAGAUGGGAAGUCAGGUGUUUGCUUACGGUGGCGCCGGAAUAGUGCUCUCUAACGCCGCCAUGCAGUUGGUCUCUCAGUACCGUGCCCAGAACUUCAUGGCCGUUGAGCAGAUGACGGCGGGCGAUUGGGCUGGGGAUCACAUUCUUGGAAUAAUCCUUAGUAACAUCGGUAUACCACUUGUCUGGUCGUGGCCCAUGUUGGUGCCGUCUAGCGUAUGGGAACUUGAGUAUUUCACCAAGGCGUACGGGCGUCAACCUUGGUGUUAUCCCGCCGUAUCAUUCCAUCAUAUGUCUCCCCAAGAUGUUUUGGAUAUGUGGUUGCUAGAGCAGCAGUGGUUCAGAUACACAGACCAGUCCCUGCUACACAAGGAUAUAUUCAAAUGGAAAAUAUAUGACGAGAUGAACUCUAUCAAAGACGACUGGGACAACCUCUCCGCAGAUCAGCAGCCACGGAACAACAGUGACUCGCCUACAACGGCUGAAGGAUGCGCACAGAGAUGUUAUCUGAUUACGGACUGUCUUCAGUUUUCCUUCUCGGAUAAUGGGUGCUCGAUUUCAAAAAAGGCGAUCGGGGGCAUUCAUCAACAGGGGCUCCAGUCAGGCUGGAUCGACACGCGAAUCAAAGCGCUCAUGAAAAAUGCAGGAAGAUGUACAAAGGCGCAGUACAUCACUGGAUAA